AGCCCUCCCUGCAGGUGCCAGGCAGGUGCUGGGAGGAGUCUCGGGGGGGAGAGAGGAGCCCCCCCCAUCCCAUCCCAUCCCCCUGGGGGGGAGACGGGGCAGCCCCCGUGGAGCCCUCGCCCCCCUUGGGGAAGAGCUGUGUGGCCCCGGGGUGUGAGUGACAGGGGGAGCCCCUGCCCCGCCAUGGAGAAGGGGAAGGGGGGAGCAGCAGCAGGAGGAGGAGGAGGAGGAGGAGGGAAGUUGCUGCUCUCCACCAUCCUGGAUGCCAAGGAUGAGUUAGAGGAGAGACUAGAGAGGUGCAUGGGCAUUGUGACGUCGCUGACCAAUGGGGUGUCGGAGAGGGAAGCUAACGAUGCCCUAAAUGCUCACGUGUGCAAAGGAGCCCCUCAGCAUGAGGAGAUCUGUCUUGGCCUCUUCACCCUGGUCCUCACAGAGCCGGCUCAGGCACAGAAGUGUUACCGGGACCUGGCGUUGGUGAGCCGAGAUGGCAUGAACAUUGUUCUAAACAAGAUCAACCAGAUUCUCAUGGAAAAGUACUUGAAGCUGCAGGAUGCCUGUCGGACUCAGCUGGUAUGGCUGCUGCGGGAGCUGGUGAAGAGCGGGGUGCUCGGGGCAGAUGGCGUCUGCAUGACCUUCAUGAAGCAGAUUGCAGGUGGGGAUGUGACGGCGAAGAAUAUCUGGCUGGCAGAGAAUGUCCUUGACAUACUGACUGAGCAAAGAGAGUGGGUGCUGAAGAGCAGUAUCCUGAUUGCCAUGGCCGUGUACACCUACCUGCGGCUCAUCGUGGACCAUCACGGCACCUCGCAGCUCCAGGCCCUGCGCCAGAAGGAGGUGGACUUCUGCAUCUCCCUGCUCCGGGAACGGUUCAUGGACUGCUUCAUGAUUGGCCGGGACCUGGUGAGACUCUUGCAGAACGUUGCUAGGAUACCCGAGUUUGAACAGCUCUGGAAAGACAUUAUCCACAAUCCGCAGGCGCUGAGCGCCCAGUUCACAGGUGUCCUGCAGCUCCUUCAGUUGAGGACCUCUCGCAAGUUCCUGGCCUGUCGUCUCACCCCUGACAUGGAAACCAAGCUGCUCUUCAUGACAUCCCGGGUGCGGUUUGGCCAGCAGAAGCGGUACCAGGACUGGUUCCAGCGGCAGUACCUGUCCACCCCAGACAGCCAGUCCCUGCGCUGCGACCUCAUCCGCUACAUCUGUGGGGUGGUCCAUCCGUCCAACGAGGUGCUGAGCUCCGACAUCCUCCCUCGCUGGGCCAUCAUUGGCUGGCUGCUCACCACCUGCACGUCCAACGUUGCUGCUUCUAAUGCCAAGCUUGCCCUGUUCUACGACUGGCUCUUCUUCAGCCCCGAGAAGGACAACAUCAUGAACAUAGAGCCGGCCAUUCUGGUGAUGAAUCACUCCAUGAAGCCCCACCCUGCCAUCACAGCCACGCUGCUGGACUUCAUGUGCCGGAUCAUUCCCAACUUCUACCCGCCGCUGGAGGUUCACGUCCGGCAAGGCGUGUUCAAUUCCCUCACCCACAUCGUGGAGAAGCGAGUCCUGGCACCCCUGGCCCCUCUGUUUGACAACCCCAAGCUGGACAAGGAGCUCCGUGCCAUGCUGAGGGAGAAAUUCCCGGAAUUCUGCAGCUCGCCCUCACCGCCCAUCGAAGUCAAAAUUGAGGAGCCGGUUUCCAUGGAAAUGGACAAUCACAUGUCUGACAAGGAUGACAGUUGCUAUGACAACGCCGAGGCUGCCUUUAGUGACGAUGAAGAGGACUUGAAUAGCAAAGGGAAGAAGAGGGAAUUCAGGUUCCAUCCAAUCAAAGAAACCAUCGUUGAGGAGCCCGUUGACAUCACACCUUUCCUGGACCAGCUGGACGAGUCUUUGAAGGAUAAAGUCCUGUUACUGCAGAAGGGCAGUGAUACGGAAGCCCAGUGUGAGGUCAUGCAGGAAAUUGUGGAUCAAGUCCUGGAGGAGGACUUUGACUCCGAGCAGUUAUCCAUCCUCGCGUCCUGCCUGCAGGAGCUAUUUAAGGCUCACUUCCGCGGGGAGGUCUUGCCAGAAGAAAUCACAGAGGAGUCUCUGGAGGAAUCUGUGGGGAAGCCGCUUUACCUAAUAUUUAGGAACCUCUGCCAGAUGCAGGAAGACAACAGCAGCUUCUCUCUGCUGCUCGAUCUCUUGUCUGAGCUCUACCAGAAACAGCCCAAGAUUGGCUACCACCUUCUCUACUACCUGAGAGCCAGCAAAGCGGCGGCAGGGAAGAUGAACCUGUACGAGUCGUUCGCCCAGGCCACGCAGCUGGGGGACCUGCACACCUGCCUGAUGAUGGACAUGAAGGCCUGCCAGGAGGACGAUGUGCGGCUGCUGUGUUACCUCACCCCCUCCAUAUACACCGAGUUCCCCGACGAGACCCUCCGGAGCGGGGAGCUGCUGAACAUGAUUGUCGCCGUCAUAGACUCGGCCCAGCUGCAGGAGCUGGUGUGUCACGUCAUGAUGGGGAACCUGGUGAUGUUCCGAAAAGAUUCGGUGCUCAACAUCCUGAUUCAGAGCCUGGACUGGGAGACGUUUGAGCAGUACUGCACCUGGCAGCUCUUCCUGGCACACAACAUUCCCCUGGAGACCAUCAUCCCCAUCCUGCAGCAUCUCAAGUACAAAGAGCACCCAGAGGCGCUGUCCUGUUUGUUGCUCCAGCUGAGGAGAGAGAAGCCCAGCGAGGAAAUGGUGAAGAUGGUGCUGAGCCGGCCCUGCCAUCCCGACGACCAGUUCACCACCAGCAUCCUGCGGCACUGGUGCAUCAAACAUGACGACCUGCUGGCCGAGCACAUCAAGUCCCUGCUGAUCAAGAACAACAGCCUGCCGCGGAAACGCCAGAGCUUGCGCAGUUCAAGUAGCAAACUGGCCCAGCUGACGCUGGAGCAGAUCCUGGAGCACCUGGACAACCUCCGACUCAACCUGACCAACACCAAACAGAACUUUUUCAGCCAAACGCCGAUCCUGCAGGCGCUGCAGCACGUCCAGGCCAGCUGCGACGAAGCCCACAAGAUGAAGUUCAGCGACCUCUUCUCCCUGGCAGAGGAGUACGAGGACUCCUCCAGCAAGCCCCCAAAGAGCCGUCGGAAGGCCGCGCUGUCCAGCCCCCGCAGCCGGAAGAACGCUGCCCAGCCAGCCAACAACGAGGAGGAGUCUGCCUCCAGCAGCGCCUCGGAGGAAGAGGACACCAAGCCGAAACCCACCAAACGGAAACGGAAAGGCUCGUCCGCCGUGGGCUCGGACAGUGACUGAGGGGCGUGGCCCCGUGCCCAGCUCCACCCUGGCCCGCUGUGGCAAGUGGCAGCAGCGGCUCUGGAAGUCCCUGCAAAGCGGCAGCCGCCGCCCCGGUGGUUGUGGAGCAGCUGGGCAAAGCGGUCCCCAGGCUGGGAGCGAGCGAGGCGCACGCUGUCUGUCUGUGGCUGCACCCACCACGUGACUGCAGCCUCCUGCCGGCGGCACCACGCUGCCACCCCGGCCCCACCGGGCUGACGUCUGAGUCCCUUUCUAACGGAAUUGUGGGGUGACUGGCUGGAGCAAGCGCCUCUUUCCGUGGCCUCCGGGUGCCAGGCCAAGGGGCACGGCCCUGAGUCCCCAGGAGAGGGGGCAGCCGGGGCAACUUCAGCAGCAGGCACAGGCCCCUGCGUCCCGGGGGCUGGACAGGAAACCAGACAGGCUGCGGAGCAAUGGCCUCCUAUUUUCAUAUAAGAAAUGUAAAUAAAUAGUGAGAACUGGCUUGCUGCUCCGAGACGCUUCCAGGAGGGGACCCCAGGCUUACCUGUGCCAGGACAGCCAAUGGCCUGGGGCACCUGCCCACCAUUCCCUGGCCGUGCUGGCUCAGUUCCCACCUGCGAUUUUCACCACAAUCCAGAGCCUUGGCCCCGCAACAGCCUCUAGCUUCUGCCGCGGAGCGGGCACUGCCCAGGAAAGACCAGGCAGCGGGCAGAGACCAGCCCCCGGAGCCCAUUCGCUGCUAGCAGGACGAGCUGGGGCUGGGAGUCCGAAAAGAGCCAAACCCCCUGAGCAGCCACUGCCCCCCAAUCUCUUCCCUGCGAGCCAAGCCCCCCAAGCUGGGAGGAGGAGCAGAACGGGCCGCACCGGUGCUGAAGACGCCUGCUUGGCAGAACUGUUCACAGGCGGGCGGCCCGGCGAGGCUGGAGAGUCAAAGCUCUUUCCCCAGAGAGAUUCGCCUUUUAAAGUGUUUUUAAAACUACAAUAAAACUGUCCAACGUUUUGUACAA